AUGGCCUCCCCAGGAGAUGAUAAUGCAGAACUGGGGACAGCCUCAGCAGGUGGUACCUCAGUGAGCCAGGUGGAACCGGAGGUGGUGAAUAACUCUGUCUACCGGCCCCUUGAUGGAUCACAAAAUCACCAGAGGGAGAAGCUACAAGUCCUUGGGGCCAUCCAGAUCCUGAAUGGAGCAACGAUUCUGGCUCUGGGUGUUUUUCUAGGUUCCUUGCAAAGCAUAUUUCAUUCCUUCCGUCAUUUUUUCUUCACCUUCUACACAGGCUACCCACUAUGGGGUGCUUUAUUUUUUAUUGUUUCAGGAUCCUUAUCUGUUGCAGCUGGGAAAAAAUCCACAAGAAUGUUGGUGCAAAACAACUUUGGAAUGAGUUUUGCCAGUGUGUCAAUUGCUCUAGUCGGGCUUGUUUUUCUUGCAAUCCAGUUAGCAGUUAAUAAGUAUUCUCUCAAGGAAUGUCAGUCUUCACAGUCACGGGACUUAUGCAUUUGCAUGGGCAUCUUAUCAAACGGCCUGAUGUCUCUAAUGCUUAUCCUUACCUUGCUGGGAUUGUUCAUAAGCCUCUCCGUCAUAGCCUUGUGGUGCUCAGAAAACUCACGUAAUCGGAGAGAGGCGAUUUCUUCACCUUCUAAUUCUGUGUAAGCAGAAAUGCCUCCUGAUGAAACUAAAUCUGGGAGCACGGAGAUUCAACCUCAGCUCUCCAGUGAGUUGAGCUUCACCAAGAAUCAGGAAGACAGGAGCCUAUUUAUGCUCUUUAAUGGCACCAAUCAUGAGAAACUUGAAUAUCUGACUCAAUUUUUUUUCUGUUCUAAUUAUAAACCCCAUUAGUAAGUCUGGACAUGGAAGGAAAAACACCCUUCUUUAGACCUUCUUGUUUUUGUAACUUCCGUGGUCACUACUCCUAAGUUGUUCCCAGAAUCGGUGUUCUUUGUUCUUACCCACCUGCUCCAUUGCCUUACAAGGUUUAAA